GAUGGGUGGGAGUUGAGAGAGACAGACAGACAUCCCCCUGCUCCUCCAUCUCUCCUGCCUGGACUUCUGCUCACCGCCCCCUCAGAGAUGGCAGAGGACAUGUGGGAGAACAGAACAGUCCCCAGCCCUUACCCCCACCUCCCCCUGUCUUUGCUACUAUGCAAUGACACUCUCCUCAAUGACACCCUCCUCAACGACACUCUCUUCAACUGUAUCAACUCCACCAACAUUCCAGAGAUGCCAUUAGGACCCAGUGUAGCAGGGGUCCUCAUCCCACUCAUCUACAUCAUCGUCUGUGUCAUCGGCCUUGGCGGGAACAGCCUGGUCAUCCACAUUGUGCUGCACUACUCCAAGACAGAGUCUGUGACUAACAUCUACAUCCUGAACCUUGCCAUUGCUGAUGAGCUCUUCAUGCUGGGCCUGCCCUUCCUGGCUGUCCAGAACACCCUCCAGUUUUGGCCCUUUGGCUCCUUUAUGUGCCGCCUGGUCAUGACCGUGGACUCCAUCAACCAGUUCACCUCCAUAUUCUGCCUGACCGUCAUGAGCAUUGACCGCUACUUGGCAGUGGUCCAUCCCAUACGCUCCUCCAAGUGGCGGCGGCCCCAGGUGGCCAAGGUGGUCAACGGCACAGUAUGGGCCAUCUCCUUCCUGGUGGUCCUGCCUGUGGUAAUCUUCGCCAACGUCCACAAGACGGGCGGCACCUGCAAUAUCUCCUGGCCUCGGCCGGCCGACAUUUGGCGGGCGGCUUUUAUCAUCUACACGUCCACAGUGGGUUUCUUCUGCCCACUCCUCAUCAUCUGCCUCUGCUACCUGCUCAUCGUCUUCAAGAUCCGCAGCUCUGGCAAGAAGGUCCACGCCACGUCCACCAAGCGCAGGAAGUCGGAGCGCAAGGUGACGCGCAUGGUGGUGAUCGUGGUGGCCGUGUUUGUCUUCUGCUGGUUGCCCUUCUACGCCCUCAACAUCCUCAACCUGCUGGUGUCUCUGCCAUCAGAGUACCCGGGCCUCUACUACUUUGUUGUGGUAAUGGGCUACGCCAACAGCUGCGCCAACCCCAUCGUCUACGGCUUCCUGUCAGAAAACUUUAAGCGGGGCUUCCGCAAGGCCCUGUGUCGCUCCUCACGCAAGGUGGAGAGCCACGACCUGACUGAGCGCCAGCAGCAGCAAGAGGAGAGAGGGAGGGAGCUGAAGCCCCGGGAGAGCUUGAGGAGGGUCGUACGAGAUGAGGAGGAGGAAGAGGAUGAUGACGACAGGGAGGACGUCACAGAGAUGACGGAGAUCUGUAGGAUCGCCCAGAAUGGGAACGGACAUCCUGAGAGUUCCCUGGCCCUGUUAACACCCAAGGCGCCAGCUCCAGGGGCAUCUGAGCAUGUGGCAUCCCCAGAAAGGAAAGCCAAAGCUGGUGACAUUGGUGGGAAAGGCCCAAACUUGGGGCCUCCAGCAUCCCUGCAUAAUGGACACACCAAUGGGAGUGUCAAACCACUGCCAGAGGAGCCAGUGGAGAAGAACUCCUCACUGGAGAUAAGCUACCUAUAAUGUAAAAUAACUGUCUCUGAGAAGUCAGUUACCUGAUGGAACUUGCAUUAAUAUUUUGUGGUAUUCAAGUAAUGUCUAUUUAAAUGUACAGCGCUAUACACAUAUAGAGAAGAGAAGCACUCUGUAAGGCCAUAGCACCUUUCAUUAUUUUAAUGCUACAUUUCUGAUCAACGGGCUGAGAGUGUUUGAACUCUGCAUCAAGCCAAUGGAAUUUGUGUUACAAUGACUUGAUACUGCCUGUAAAACGGUGUAUAUACUAGGUUGUUUCUGAAGACAUUUGUAUCAUUUCAAUCUGUGUUUAUAUGUUUCACCACAUGAUCACUGUAUGUACAUAAUGUCUGUGCCUUUUUCCAAACUUAUCUGACAUAUCUGAUUGUAAUUGUAUUACAUUUUUACUGCACAAUGUGACAAUCAAUUAUAUAUAGAUGAAUGUAGCGUCACUUUUAUAUCCUAGUCAUUCACCUCGCUACACCUUAGCUGGAGGAACAGAGGACAGGAGAAAAAGAAGGCACCUUGUGUAGCUUCUAUUCCAUGCCAACAGAAUGGCCCUACAUGCACAAUCAGAGGAGGAAAACAGAUGCCCUGAUUGGCAUAAAAUCAAACGGUGGUUAUAGAUUUUUUAGGGUUUAUUUUGCUUGUGUGUUGUGAGCCGGGGUUGUGUUUGUACUGCUGCUAUAUGGAGGAAGAAAAGGGCUCUGGAAAGAGUUGGCAACUUGGCAUCCGGUGACAGUGUCUCAUGUUACGGAAUAUCAAGGUGGAAUAUCUGGCAACAGUGUCUCAUGUUACUGAAUAUCACAGUGGAAUAUCUGGCAACAGUGUCUCAUGUUACUGAAUAUCAAGGUGGAAUAUCUGGUGACAGUGUCUCAUGUUACUGAAUAUCACAGUGGAAUAUCUGGCAACAGUGUCUCAUGUUACUGAAUAUCAAGGUGGAAUAUCUGGUGACAGUGUCUCGUGUUACUGAAUAUCACAGUGGAAUAUCUGGCAACAGUGUCUCAUGUUACUGAAUAUCAAGGUGGAAUAUCUGGUGACAGUGUCUCAUGUUACUGAAUAUCACAGUGGAAUAUCUGGCAACAGUGUCUCAUGUUACUGAAUAUCAAGGUGGAAUAUCUGGUGACAGUGUCUCAUGUUACUGAAUAUCAAGGUGGAAUAUCUGGUGACAGUGUCUUCAUGUUACUGAAUAUCAAGGUGGAAUAUCUGGCAACAGUGUCUCAUGUUACUGAAUAUCAAGGUGGAAUAUCUGGUGACAGUGUCUCAUGUUACUGAAUAUCACAGUGGAAUAUCUGGCAACAGUGUCUCAUGUUACUGAAUAUCAAGGUGGAAUAUCUGGCAACAGUGUCUCAUGUUACUGAAUAUCAAGGUGGAAUAUCUGGUGACAGUGUCUUCAUGUUACUGAAUAUCAAGGUGGAAUAUCUGGCAACAGUGUCUCAUGUUACUGAAUAUCAAGGUGGAAUAUCUGGUGACAGUGUCUUCAUGUUACUGAAUAUCAAGGUGGAAUAUCUGGCAACAGUGUCUCAUAUUACUGAAUAUCAAGGUGGAAUAUCUGGUGACAGUUUGCUUGAGGGCAUACCAAGGUUGCACAUAUCUGAUUGUUGUUGAGUUGUUGUUCAACACUUGACCCUCUGGUUUCUGUAACUCGGCCUAUAUAGUAUGCCAUUUGAAAGGUCAAGGAACAUCAGAGUUCCUACACACUGAUUGUUUAUUUUAAGGAUGACUUUUUCCUGUUCUGUUGAAUGCUAUCUGGCAGCUAUGACAGGGGAGCCACAUUGGAGGCAUUGAGGUUGAACAGACAGAGGAUAUGAGAAUAUAGACAGAUAAGAUAUGAGCAUGAAUGGCUGAAAUCACGACAUUGUAGGGAUGGUAUCUACAAUAUCUGACAUAUAGGUGAUUCAUAUGACUAAAUGUUUAAUAAAUGUAUUUGUUUUAUCAUAGAUAUUUACUUGGACAACUAAAGGAGCGCAGAAUGUAAAAAUAGUGCACACACCAAACCAUGAAAAAGAAACUGGUACUGCAUUAUUAGACCGUUACACCAGAGUUAUCACACAGCCAUAAGCCCUCAUUAACCAAUUUGCCCAGUGGAGUGGAAGGCAUUAGGUGAAACCACACUGACCAACACAUAAAGUGCCUCAGUAUAUUGUUACACUCCACGCAUUCAAUGAUACAAAUGAUACAAAUAGCAGUGUAUUGUAGAAAGCAGUUUAACUCACUUGAACAAUGCUAUCUGAUCCAUGAUAAAUCCAUUUCCUCUGCCACCCCCGCCGCUGGCACACUCCCACACAAACACUCUCUCUCACAGCUGUAUUAAGAGGUGUGAAAACAUCAUUAAAGGCUUAUGAAAAGUGAGUUGUUUCACUAAUGCCAUGCUUGCAGUUCCGCUGUGACUUAUGACAAGCAGCAUACUGUGAAGUGUUGUAUAAUUGCCAGUUUCAUGUCAAAUAUACACUUGUUUACUUGUACUUGAGUUGUGUAUGGGAUUAUUCUAUCAUAUGUGAUUUUUGUUUUCCACUGUUUGUGUGAUCUUUCCUCAGUGAUAAUCAGCGCAGUGCUUAUUGUAGACGGAGGUGAGGCAAGCAGCUGACCACCUGAUUGGUCGAUGGGUGGUAUCUGUAUGAAUCUGUGUGAUUCAUUGUCCGCUCUCUCCACCCACAGACGCCCACCUAAGUAUGAUAUGGGCACAGAAAGAAGCAAACAGAACCGCAGGUGACUCUGAUAACACUGAUAUUAUUCACUCUUUUUGGCAGUGGCUACUAUGGAAACACUAUGUAAGCAGUGCCUGUAGCGCAAGGGUAAGAACACAACAGAGCCCUGAAAGUCAGAGAAUAGGCAUAGUAUUUAUCUCAUCCAGAUGUGCUAUUUGGUUUGGGAUUAAAUCUCUCAAUCCAAGGGCAAUACACAUGCUUUGACAUGUUCUCAGCUAACUAUGUGUAGAUGAUCAUUCUGUGGUGUGGCCAUUGCGUUCCAAUGGGCCAUACCAAAACACCAUCAGUGUUAUUGUGCCUCUUUUUUUGAUGAUGUCUCAAGCAUCUCAUUGUGCCAAUGCAAUCUGACAGUUUAAGCAUUGCUCAAAAAGACAGCUGGGGGAUAACAAGUAAAUGGUUUGCUGAUGGUUUGUGGGAGAAGGGACUGUUCUAGCAGAUGAGGUGUGGGAGAAGGGACUGUUCUGGCAGAUGAGGUGUAGGAGAAGGGACUGUUCUGGCAGAUGAGGUGUGGGAGAAGGGACUGUUCUGGCAGAUGAGGUGUGGGAGAAGGGACUGUUCUGGCAGAUGAGGUGUGGGAGAAGGGACUGUUCUGGCAGAUGAGGUGUG